CCUUCGAACUCACAUUUUCUUACCCCCUCGAUUCCACCAUUUUCUACCUCCUCGUUUGUUCCCUCACUCUCUCCCAUCUUUAGUUCACAUUUCCUCUCCGCUCCGCCGUCCCACAACCGAUCGUUUCUCUCCCCUAAAUCAAGUCUCUUUGUCGGCUCGAGAAAUGCUAAAAUCUUUCUUUUUCCUCUUGUUCCCUUAUCCACCUCUCCCCUCCAGUACGGCAUCGGUUCGCGCGGCUACACGCCCGGCCUUUUCUACGGCUCCUCGACCAGCCUCCGCUCGACCGGCAGCAGCAGCGGCGCUUGUGGCCUCGGCAGUCUCAACCAACGCGCCUACACCUCCAAUCCGUCCGCUUCCGGCUCCACGACCUCCUCCUUCUACUCCACCUCAAGCUCGGCCAGCAGCCCCGCCAGUAGCCUCGGCGUCUACGGCUUUCGUCCAGGCGGGGCGCCCACUGGCGGCGUCGGCGUCGGCGUCGGCGUCGGCGGAAGCUGCGGCAGCGGCGCCGGCGCCGGAUACCAACGACUCGGCACCACGGGCGCCCGUCUCGUGGCCGGUAUUGCUACCAGUCAACUGGGCCGCCCCGGCGGCGCCGACCUCUGCCCUGCCUACACCGCCACUUCGCACGCUUCAGAUCCAAUCGUCGUCAAGCCAACGGGUUGGUCGGCCGGAGAGACGCCCAUCUCCACCGUCAACGGCGACGUCAACGGCGACGUCAAAUCGACCGGCAGACGAGGCAGUCUGUCGCGGAGCGGGACACAUGAGUCGGCGACCGAGGCUGCCUCGAGUGCCGGCGAGGAGUGCGACGAGCCCGAGCCGACGACGACGACGCCGCAUCGGCUGUUCACCAGCCGCGGUGUCUCCACAAGCGAUGAGGCUGGCGGCAAGAUGAGAGGCUCCCGCAUCUCGGCGCUGCGCACCGAGAAGAUGGACUGUCCGACGGAGAUGGUGUCUCGUCCGCGCGUUGACAACCGUUGUCAGACCAGCGAUGACAUCAUCCUGCCCGCGGCCAACCCGGGCGUCUCGAGCAGCGUGGCGGGUGCCACGGCGGCUGGCGGGGGGGUCUCGAACGUGGUGGCACGCCGGAUGAAUCUGGGCGGCCGGUACCUGAGCCAAAUGUCCGGCGGCAGUGGCAACACAAGCAGCCUAAACUCGCCGACGCCGACGCGCAGCUCGUGGCGCCAGUCGGUCUACGGCGUGGACUACAGCGGAGGCCGCGACAAGGCUGCGGGCUCGGCGACCGGGACUCGUGACGACGCGAGCGCGGUACCGGUCAGCGAGUCUGAGCGACGCCGGACGGAGCGCGAGCGCCAACUGGAGCUGGACCGCCAGAAGCAGAUCCAACUGGAGAUUGAGCGCGAGAAUCGUCGCCUGCGGCAGUUGGAGCGGAAAGCGCGCUGGGAGCAGGACGAGGCGAAGAUGCGCGAGUUGGAGGAGGAGAUCCGACGCCGGAAACAGGCCACUCUCGAGUUGGCCGACGAGGAGAAGCGGAAGCUGGACGACGCCGAGUGGAAGGCGCAGGCCGCCCUGCUCCGACAGUCCUCCUUCCGGCAUCCGAGCCAGCGCCGCUCGGGCGCCGACGCCGAGGCGUCGACGUCGGCGGCGCCCGACGCCAUACAGAAAGUGGCCGACUGGCAGCGCCAGAACUCGAUGCACGAACCGGCCGCAGUGACCGGCCCGCCGGUCAUGAGCCACUCGGACGUCUGGCUCGCCUCCACCUCGACGCCCGGUCCGUCCGUCUCGGCGGCCAGGUCGGACGGUCCGCUGCUGCGUCGGCAGACGUCGGCCGGCGUCGGCUCGUCUCACAGCCAGGCCCAGGCUCGACUCUCGCGCGACUCCGACGCCACACUCCGCCAGACGCCGAGCUCGCCCACCGGCGUCGCCAAUGGCGUCGGCGUCGGCGUCGGUGUCGGCGCCGGCGUCGGCGGAUCACCGUCCGAGGCGCCGAGUGCCGUCGACGAGGCGUCUCCACGUCGUGGCUCAUACGUGGGCGCGCACACAGACAUCGACGCCCUCCUCAAGGAGCGCUAUCCCGUCAGGCCGGAGGCCACAGCCGGCCCCGAGACGAUGAGUUCCGCCGGCCGGCGAGGCCGUAGAGAUUACGCCGCCGGCGAGGAGUACAUGACGGACGCUGAGGCCGGUGAAGAUGCGCCCUCCGCAGCAGGACAGCCCGAAGAGACGACGCUCGUCUACAAGUCGAAAGUGGCCAAGGAGAUCUUCCUGAAGAUGCCACUGCCUCUGCAGAAUCUGGUGAUGCGCAUGCAUCGGCGAGGCUUCCUCACCUUCGAAGAGGUGCUAGCGUUGUGCCGGAACGAAAACCACGAGAGACGGUUCACGGAAGAGGAGGAGAAGAGCUUCAAGGGAUACAAGACAGCGCAGCAGAUGCUCACGAGCCUGGGCAUUGACAUCACCAAGGCAAGUGUACAAUAG